CUAUUUAUAAAAAUAUAUAUCCACCAUGAACGUAAUUACUGCUGUAAAAAUGUAUAUAUCAAAAAUGACUGAAGAAUCUGGACCAGGAAUGAAAUUACUGUUAAUGGAUAAAGAAACUACAAGUAUUGUUAGUAUGGUGUACAGUAAAUCUGAAAUUUUACAAAAGGAGGUGUAUCUGUUUGAACGGAUUGAUUCGAAUAGACUUGAUGAAGGAUUGAAACAUUUGAAGUGUAUUGUAUUUUUGAGGCCUACUAAUGAAAAUAUUGCACUGCUGGCAAAGGAACUGAGGGAUCCUAAAUAUGGAUCAUAUUAUAUAUAUUUCUGCAACAUCAUUCCACAUGCAAGCGUAAAAAGCUUAGCUGAGAGCGACGAUUCAGAAUCAGUCAGAGAAGUAAAAGAAUUUUAUGCCGAUUUUUUGGCUUGUGGAUCCCAUUUGUUCUCACUAAACUUACCUAUAUCGUUACAAGGGGGUUCAUGGAUUCCAUCAGCCCUAGAAAGAUGUACAAGAGGUAUUAUAAGUGUUUUGUUAUCCCUGUGGCUACGACCUAUGAUACGUUAUAGAUCAGGAAGUGAGUUAGCUAAACGAUUAGCUGAGAAGACUUAUGACAUUAUCAAUAAAGAGUCUUCAUUGUUUGAUUUUAAAUCUGUUGAUGGUGCACCUCCACCGUUACUGUUGAUACUUGAUAGGAGAGAUGAUCCGGUUACUCCUCUUUUGAAUCAGUGGACUUACCAGGCGAUGGUUCAUGAACUGUUAACAUUGUGCAAUAACCGAGUAGAUUUAUCGGAUGUUUCAGGAGUUCCAAAGGAAUUAAAACAAGUAGUUUUAUCUGCAGAACAUGACAAGUUUUAUGCUAAGAAUUUGUAUUCUAAUUAUGGAGAAAUUGGACAAACAAUUAAAGGUUUGAUGGAAGAGUUCCAAGCGAAAGCAAAGAGUCAUCAAAAAGUUGAAAGCAUUAAAGAUAUGAAGAAUUUUGUUGAAAAUUAUCCUGAAUUUAAGAAAAUGUCUGGCACAGUUUCUAAACACGUCACAGUCGUGGGCGAAUUAUCUAAUCGCGUUAAUGAAUAUUUACUUUUGGAACUUUCGGAACUAGAACAAGACAUUGUUUGUCGAUCUGAUCACUCUCAACAACUACAAAGAGUGAAGAAACUAUUAAACAAUCCAAAGUUGAGAGAUUCGGAUGCGUUAAGAAUAGUUUUGUUGUAUGCUUUGAGAUACGAGAAGCAUACUAAUAAUGGUACAAUUGGUUUAUUGGAAAUGUUGUCUCAACGCAAAGACUGCAAUACAAGUUUGGUACCGGCUUUACUAGAAUGGUCAGGAUCUCAUGUUCGGCAAGGAGAUUUAUUUGGGAGUGACAUUAGAGAUGCGAGAGAUGCUGUUAGGAUUACUAAAAAAAUAUUCAAGGGCCUAAAUGGUGUCGACAAUGUGUAUACACAACAUAAACCGCAGUUGAGUGAAAUUUUAGAAGAGAUUUUCAAGGGGAGACCACUGGAUCCACAGUACCCUACUGUUGGAAAUCAACAGACAUACAGGAGGCCCCCCCAGCAAGUAGUAGUGUUCAUCGUCGGCGGAGUAACAUAUGAAGAAUCUCUGGCAGUACAUUCCAUAAACAGCCAAUUAGGCAACCGUGUCGUCAUCGGAGGCAACACAAUCCACAAUUUUAAUUCAUAUUUAGAAGAAAUAACAUCGGCCACAAAAGGAAUACCGUUUCGACAUACAAAAGGACUGAAACAGUAUUUACCAAACAAUAAAUAAAAGUUCAAAAGGUGUAAUUUAUAAUAAUAUAUUUCUCUAUCAAAUAUACUGCUUGGA